AUGGACUCGCACGCACCUCAUAGUAGACGGCGUCAAUAUCCUACGCAACAGUACGAUUUUAAUGCGGCACAGGCGGCUGGUGGAGCACCUGGGGGAGCUCCUGGUCAGCAGCCCGGAUAUGGUGGCUACCCGGACGUGAAUGGCGCGACCGCUGCCAUGGGGAAUUUGCAGAUGGCCGGUGCUGGCUAUACGGGCGCCCCUGCCGCGCCGCUUCCUGGUCAGCCGCCUGUUCCGGCGCCCGAUGCCUACGGGUACCAAUAUAGUACCGGCGCGAUGCCGCCGUCGCCUGCGAUUGGUAGUAUGGGCGCGCACGCUGGCGGUGCGUACCCCGGGGCCAACACGGUUCCUGCCAAUGUGCGUGGUAACAAUAUGACUGCUGGUAUGCAGCUGCCAUUGAACGAACUCUAUACUGUUGAUUUGAUGAAGUCGCUGCCGCCUCCCAUCUCCGAGCUGGACCUCGACCCUCCUCCGUUGGUCUUGCCGCAAAACCUGGGCAUUUCUGGCAACAAAGAUGAGGCCAACGCUUCACCUGAGUACAUGCGGUGCACCUUGAACGCUGUUCCCAAUACCAAGGGUCUGUUGAACAAGAGUAAACUUCCUUUCGCCCUUGUGAUCCGGCCCUCUGCUGCUCUGCUCGACGUUAAUGAGAACAUUCCUGUUGUUGAAGACGCGGUCGUCACUCGUUGUCGCCGUUGCCGUACAUAUAUCAACCCGUUUGUUGACUUAUACGAAGACGGAACCCGCUGGCGAUGCAACAUUUAUAGGUAUGCGCGCAAUGAGCUCAAUUACGGAAUCGUAGACUUUGUGGCUCCCCCCGAGUACCUUGGCCGGGCUCCUCAGCCGCCUAUUUACGUGUUUGUCAUUGACGUCAGCGUCAAUGCCGUUGCAAACGGUCUGCUGGCCACUGCCGCUCGGGUCAUUAAAGAUGCGCUAGACCGUAUCCCCAAUUCUGAUGACCGUACACGCGUGUCCUUUAUCGCUGUCGAUGGCUCGCUCAAUUUCUUCCACGUUCCUUUGCCCUCCCAAAACGAAGGUGAAGACGAAGAGGAGGUCGAGCCCAACCUUAUUGUAGUAAGUGAUCUGGAUGAUCCUUUCCUGCCUCGUCCUGACGGGUUGCUUGUCAAUCUCAAAGAGAGUCGCGCUGGUAUUGAUCGCCUUCUCGAUCAGCUUGGAUCAAUCUACGCCAACACCGUGCAGUCAAGCUGCGCAAUUGGCUCGGCUCUUCAAGUUGCUCACAAGUUGCUCGCUAAUGUGGGCGGUAAAAUUAUUGUUAUUUCAGCUUCUAUGCCUACUGUGGGAAUCGCCAAGCUCGACGUUCGCGACGACCGCAAGCUACUAGGCACUGCGAAGGAGACUUCUCUUUUCCAACCCGGACAUUCCUUCUACAAGUCGUUUGCAGUUGACUGCAACAGGUCGCAGGUCUCCGUCGAUAUGUUCUUGUUUGGCGCCCAGUAUCAGGAUGUCGCUUCGCUGUCAUCUUUGCCCAAGUAUACCGGUGGUCAGACCUUCCUAUAUGCUGGCUGGAUGAGCAACCGCAUGUCUGACGUUCAAAAGUUCGCUAAUGAGUUCACCAAUCACUUGAGUAUGGAGAUUGAAACAGAGGCUGUUCUUCGUGUUCGCUCAACUACAGGUAUUCGCUCUGUCGGCUACUACGGUAACGCGUUCAUCCGAUCCUCCGACCUCAUGUCUUAUCCCACAUUCCCUCGUGAUCAGUCGUACGUUAUCGAAAUGUCUAUUGACGACCCUAUUACCAAACCUUAUGUGCUGUUCCAGGCUGCUCUUUUGCACACCACUUGCUAUGGUGAGCGUCGUAUUCGUGUGCUGAACCUCGCUGUGCCUACUGCUUCCACACUCACUGCAGUAUAUGCCUCUGCAGAUCAGCUCGCCAUCACAGCUUAUCUUACGCAAAAAGCUGUUGAAAAGGCCUUGAGUCGCGGCGUCGUCGAUGCUGGUGAGAUGCUCAAUGCGAAGAUGCUUGAAAUAUUCAAGGUCUUCAAGAGCGAUGUUCUCAACACAAACGCCGGCACAUCGGGUGCACUACAAAUCGGUGCCAACAUGCGUAUGUUGCCUCUUCUCCUGAGCGCGUUGCGUAAACAUACUGGACUCAAAAAGUCUGCACACAUCAUGCCUGACUUGCGCAUGGCUGCGCUCAGUCUUUUGUCGACUUUGCCUGUCAAGUACCUCAUCAAGUACUUGUACCCAGACUUCUUUGCUUUGCACGACCUGGGCGAGGAGUAUGGUCUUGUUGAUGAGAAUGGACUGCUGAUUGUCCCUCCUAAAUUGAACCUCACUGGUGAGCGUAUCGAAUCGCAUGGUCUGUACUUCCUCAGCGAUGGCCAGGUAAUCUUCUUGUGGAUUGGUCGCGAUGCUGUGCCGCAGCUGCUUCUGGAUGCGUUUGGAGUAGACAGCCUGGAUUCUGUCGACUCUGGCCGUGUUGAAGUCCCUGAACUCGACACCGAUCUCAACAUCCGUAUUCGCAACAUCAUUGCUGCCGCGCGGAGCCCUAUCGACAAGGUCUACUGGCCCACCGUUCAUAUCAUCAAGGAAAACACUGACCCCUCUUUGCGUAUGUGGGCCACCUCCAUGCUCGUCGAAGACCGUACAGACGUCGAUCCGGCUUACUUCCAGCAACUCAACGCUUAUCGCGAAAAGCUGUCCACCUAA